ACUAUGUCCUUACGUUUUUAACAAUACUAAAUAACUCUUUUGUUAUAUAAUGCCAAGUUUUUCAGAUAACAACAAUCUGGUAGAAAUUAGCAGCAGCUCCAGUAUAUAUGGAAUCAUCAAGAAUCACUCUCCGUCCAUAUAGAUCAACAGAUGUUGAAGAUCUACUAUUAUGGGGAGGUGAUGAUCGAGUAACUCGAUCCAUCCAUUUCAAUACUUUGGCUUCCAAAGAAGAUGCAUUGACCUUCAUUGAAAAAUCUACCAUUCCUUGGCGUCGAUCCAUAUGCAUCGAUGACCGUUCGAUUGGAAUCGUGGUGGCGCGCCCUGGAUCUGAUGAUGACAGAUGUCGAGCUGAGAUAGGAUAUGCUUUGGCAGUUGACUACUGGGGACAAGGGAUCACUCCUAAGGCUGUGAAAAUGGCAAUCCCUCUGAUUUUCAGUGACUUUCCUGAAAUAGUAAGGUUACAAGCAUUGUCUGAUGCUAACAAUAAAGCAUCCCAUAGGGUGUUGGAGAAGGCUGGAUUUGUUAAGGAGGGCAUGUUCAGAAAAUAUUUUUACUUCAAAGGGGAAAUUAAGGAUGUUGUACUUUACAGUUUACUUUCCACUGAUUCUGUACCUUCAUUAGAUCCAUAAAAUUUCAAGAUCUGUGCUUUCAACAUCA